AUGAAGGUCAGCCUCGCCCUCCUCGGCCUCACGGCCCUCGCCCGUGCCCAAUUCGGCGGCGGCGGCGGCGGCCUCCAGCAAGUCUCCAACUUUGGCGACAACCCCAGCAACGCCAAGAUGUUCGUCUACGUGCCCACCACGCUCGCCGAGAAGCCCCCAUCAUCCGGCACCUGCUGGGACGUCUCGUCCCAGGCUACCCUCACCCGCGACGGCGGCGCCAACUCCAACUCCAUCGCCAACAUGGUGAAGCACGUCAUUUCCGAGUACGACGCCGACGCUGAAAAGGUCUUUGUCACCGGUACCUCGUCUGGUGCUAUGAUGACCAACGUCCUCGCCUCCACCUACCCAGACAUGUUCCAAGCCGCCAUCCACCUGCGCCAACGGCCAGGUCUCCGGCACCCCGAACGCUGGGCCCAGUGGGUCUUCGAGGCCUACCCGGACUACAACGGCACCCGCCCCCGCAUGCAAAUCUACCACGGCUCCGCCGACACCACCCUCGGCUCCGCCAACUACGCCGAGCAGAUCAAGCAGUGGUGCGGCGUCUUCGGCUGCGACCCCGACGCUCCCGACAACAAGGAGUCCAACGCCCCCAGCAGGGCUACACCCGCUCCACCUACGUCGAUGGCCAGCUCCAGGGCAUCUGGGCCCAGGGCGUCGGCCACAACUUCCCCAUCAGGGAGACGACGAUAUGAAGUGGUUCGGCUUGUAAGUGGCGCGAGCAACCGCACCGCCGAAUGA